CAGCAAGCUUACAAAUCCAAUCCAAAAACAGCGACUAAUAGAAAAUCAAUUUAAAUAAUGAGCAGUCAAUUUUCUGAUCCUUAUCCAGUAUUAGAAAAGCAAGACUCCGAUACUAGCACCGGCACCGCGAGCCUCCAACGCUCUGCUCACUCCGACGAAGAAGUACUGCUAGCUACAAGCUACCCGAAGAAGCGAGCAGGGCGGCGAAUAUUUAAGGAAACACGACAUCCCAUUUUUCGUGGAGUUCGAAAAAGAAACAAUGAAAAAUGGGUUUGUGAGCUUAGAGAACCCAAUAAGAAGACACGUAUAUGGCUCGGUACAUAUCCAACACCAGAAAUGGCGGCCAGAGCACAUGACGUGGCUGCAUUAGCGCUUAGAGGAAAAUCGGCUUGUCUUAACUUUGCAGAUUCUUCUUGGAGGUUGCCGGUGCCUGUUUCUAAGGAGGCGCAGGAUAUUAGAAGAGCUGCGCAUGAGGCGGCAGAAAUGUUUCGGUCUGGAGAAACGGAAAAAUGUGGAGUUGAAUAUAGUGGUGAAGUGUCUUCAAGAAAUAGUGAACUUAAGCAAGAAAACGAUGUGUCGUACAUCGAUGAGGAGGCUGUGUUUGAUAUGCCAGGGUUGCUCGCUAAUAUGGCAGAAGGACCUUUACUUUCUCCUCCACAUUAUGCAGGUGGUGACGAUGGAGUGAAUUGGGAUGAAUUGGAAGCCGACGGUGAGGUGUCUUUAUGGAGUUUUUCUAUUUGAUGAUUUGUUAACGGUAAAGAAUUAGUGAAGUCAUAAUAGGAUAUAGGAUAUAGGAUAUAGGAUAGCAAACUAAAUUAUAGAUGUUGAAUUACAGUGAUGAUGAUUAGAUUAUUAAUUGAUUAAUUCUUUUUAAUGUAAUAUAUAAUACCAUUUAAUUGAAUUGUAAAUAUCAUUGUUUUGUAAUGCGACUAAUUACACAUAUAUGUAGAAUUUUCCUUUUA